UUUCAUGACCAUCUUCUCCUCGGAGUGCUUUUCCAAAGGGAUGGCUUUACUUUGAAGAGAAAGAAGCGCCAACUGGAGCCAGAGAGCAGCUUGUCCUGGGACGGGCGAGGCUUGGGCCAAGCCGGGUGCUGGCGAGAGGAUUUUCUAUCCAGGAGCUUGUCAAGAAAAUGUCAAGAGUGGGCCUUCUUGGGUUGGUGGUCAAGUUCUAACCUAUCGGUACCAUGGCAACAAGUGCUGUUCCAAGUGAAAACCUUCCCAUGUACAAGUUGGUGGUGGUCGGAGAUGGGGGUGUGGGGAAGAGUGCCCUCACCAUUCAGUUUUUCCAGAAGAUCUUUGUGCCAGACUAUGAUCCAACUAUUGAAGACUCUUACCUGAAGCAUACGGAGAUAGAUGGGCAGUGGGCCAUUCUAGAUGUUCUGGACACGGCAGGCCAAGAAGAAUUCAGCGCAAUGAGGGAGCAGUACAUGAGGACGGGGGAUGGAUUCCUCAUAGUCUACUCAGUCACAGAUAAAGCCAGCUUCGAGCAUGUGGACAGGUUCCACCAGCUCAUCCUCCGAGUCAAAGACAGGGAAUCUUUUCCAAUGAUCCUGGUGGCCAACAAAGUAGACUUAAUGCAUUUGCGGAAAAUCACCCGGGAGCAAGGAAAGGAAAUGGCAGCAAAGCACAAUAUUCCAUAUAUAGAAACCAGUGCAAAGGAUCCCCCAUUGAAUGUUGACAAAGCCUUCCAUGAUCUUGUUCGAGUAAUCAGGCAACAGGUCCCAGAGAAAAGUCAGAAGAAGAAGAGGAAGACCAAGUGGCGUGGGGACCGAGCAACCACCUCCCACAAACUGCAGUGUGUGAUUUUGUGACUGUCUCUCCCAUCUUUCUCUCAAUCCAUUCCAACUUGAACCUAAUUUGAAACCCAAAAGGAGGAAGCAGGAGGGAAGAAUCCAGCCUUGAAGCCCUGUGCCACCUAACUGCAACGUAAUGUUUCGAGAACAGCAAUCCUUGCACGGAAGGACUCGACAGGGAGCAGAACCUCAAAGGCAUUUUUGAAGCUCAGCCAAAAGGCUGCUUGACAAACGGCACAGGGUGGUUUUAUAAAAAAAAGGAAAAGGAAGAAAAGAAAGUGCCCCCAAAGCAGGGGGCAAACUACUAGGACUUGGGAGUAUUUGUGAAUAUUCACCAUCUCGGCAAUCUUUUGUUUUGUAAUGGAGACACAGUGUUCUCGGUUAUACUUGCACACAUUUCUGGGCACAGCCCGUUUCUAUACAGUCAUGAAUGAUUCCAUUUUGUACAGUUGUUUGGGGUGGGGGGAGGUGAGUGGCAGUCGGAACUUCCUUGCUCAGCAAGUGUGGAGUAAGGAAGAAAGAGCAGAGGGGUGUGUGUGUGUGUGUGUGUGUGUGUGUGUGUUCUUGCACUGUACACUCCCAGAAGUACUUGGCUAUGCAGCCAAACUGUAGUUUCAUAUGAAAUUGCAUAGAUUUGAAGGGAGAAAAUGAAUUCCAGCUGCUCUGGGGACUCCAGACAUUGUGUCAGAUCCUGGAGGGCAGCCAGCUCUCCGUCUGUAAAAUGCCAGCGAAAGAGGACGGAGGGGUUUGUUUGUUUGUUGUCAUUGUCCUUCUUGUUAAUCCCAGUUUGGGGAGGGGGGCUGUAUUUCUGUUAGCAAACUGCCAUGAGGGGGGGGAAGAGAAAAUCAGUCAUUUUGCUAAUCCUGACAAUAUUUAAAUUAAAACAUUAUUUACAAAAUAA